AUGCGUUUGGAAUGGGAAGACAUGAGAGUGAUCGUCGACGGCCGCUAUUUACAUCACCUCCGCUUUGCAGACGACAUCAUGCUUAUAACAUGGAACAUCGAGCAGGCGAAACGAAUGCUGGCCGAGUUUGACAGUACUUGUGAAAAGAUCGGCUGGAGAGGGACUGAGCUUAACGAAGACGAUGUUCAUGAAGAACGGAUUGGUACCUGGUGCUCCCUUUACGCUAAGAGGAACGAAUUUCCCUGA